AUGUUCGAAUACGAAUCUACCAAUAAGUUGGCUGUUAAGAAGAUAUUUACAAACGAAGAAGAAGGAACCUUGGUCGAUUAUCUGAAAAAAGCUGCGACUAUGCAUUAUGGCCUAUCAAAGAACGAAACCAAAAUUUUGGCCUAUCAAUUUGCAAAAGCAAAUGGAAAACAGGUUCCUGACAACUGGGAUAAAAACAAAAAAGCAGGGAUAGAGUGGAUGCGUGGUUUUAUGAAGCGGCAUCCAACUCUAUCACACAGAAAGUCAGAGGCAACAAGUCUGGCCAGGGCGACCAGUUUCAACAAAGAUAAUGUCAGAAAAUUUUUCGAUAACUUAGAGAGUUGCAUAUCUCGCGGGAAUUUCAGUCCGGAUCGUAUUUUCAAUCUUGACGAAACUGCCAACACAACUGUACACGUGCCACCCAAGAUCGUAGCAAUUAAAGGACUGAAACAAGUUGGUAGUGUUACUUCUGGGGAACGUGGUGUUAACGUCACUAUGAUCGCUGCCAUUAACGCUAUUGGAAAUCAAGUUCCGCCAAUGCUAAUUUUUCCCAGGAAAAAUUUUAAGGAUCACAUGUUAAGAGGAGCUCCACCAGGAUGUAUAGGAGCUGCGAAUUCAUCCGGCUGGUCGACUGAAGAAAUAUUUGUACAAUAUUUAAAACAUUUUAUUGCACAUGUAAGCCCGUCUAAGGAUAAUCCAACUAUCCUGAUUUUGGAUAAUCACGAGACGCACGUCUCUAUUCCAGCGAUUAAUAUAGCAAGAGCGACUGGUGUGAUAUUAUUGACAUUACCACCUCAUACCUCACACAAAACACAACCGCUAGACAGGACGGUGUUUGGUCCAUAUAAAACAUUUUACAAUCAAGCUGCCAGCGAGUGGAUGACAUGUAAUCCAGGAAAACCGAUAACAAUUUAUGAUAUUGCGGCAAUAAUUGGAAAGUCUUAUCCAAGAGCCUUCACGCCGCAUAACAUCGUUAAGGGAUUCGAAGUCACGGGAAUUUGGCCACUUAACAGGAAUAUUUUUCGUGAGGAUGACUAUUUGUCUGCUUUUGUGACGGACCGACCUGGCCCUGAAUCCACUGAGGAACUGGCGCCUGUUUCUCCUAAGAAUGUGUCAACUGAUGAAGCAAUACCGUCAACCAGCACAACUAUUGGCGUAUGCGUAACGCCAGAACAAAUACGACCAUUUCCAAAAGCAGCUCCAAGAAAGACAACCGGCCGGAGAGGAAGACAAAAAGGCAAGUCCAGAAUUUUGACGGAUACUCCGGAAAAAACACAAGUUGAACAACAAAAAUCAAAAAAACUAAUACCAUUAAAGUUAACAAGUCGAGUACAGAAAAAAAUUGUCGAUCCAACAGAUAGAUGGACGAGGAAAAACAAAAGCAAGAAACAAGAUGCACUUGGAUGGAAUAAACUAAAUUAA